AUGGGAAGAGGGAGAGUAGAACUGAAGAGAAUAGAGAACAAAAUCAACAGGCAAGUGACUUUUGCUAAGAGAAGAAAUGGACUUCUCAAGAAAGCUUAUGAACUCUCAGUUCUCUGUGAUGCUGAGGUUGCUCUCAUCAUCUUCUCCAAUCGGGGCAAGCUUUAUGAAUUCUGUAGCAGUUCUAGCAUGGUGAAAACACUUGAAAAGUACCACAGCUGUAGUUAUGGAUCAUUGAAAGCCAGCCAACCAGAAAACGAAAGCCAGUACAACUACCACGAAUAUCUGAGGCUAAAGGCAAGAGUGGAGGUUCUGCAACGGUCACAAAGAAACCUUCUUGGAGAAGAUUUGGCCCCUUUAAACACCAAGGAGCUGGAGCAUCUUGAGCACCAACUGGAGAUGUCUUUGAGGAAAAUCAGAUCAACAAAGACUCAAUGCAUGUUGGAUCAGCUUGCUGAUCUCCAAAGAAAGGAGCAAGUUCUUGCUGAAACAAACAAAGCCUUAAGGAAAAAGUUGGAAGAAAGUGCUCAGGAGUUUCCAGUUAGGCAAAUGUGGGAAGGGGCACAAACCAUACCCUAUAAUCCCCUUCCUACACACUCAGAAGAUUUCUUCCAGCCUCUAGGAUUGAACUCCGCCAUGCACAACAGUUUCAAUGGAUUUAGAUACAACCCUAUUGGGUCUGACGAGAUGAAUGUUGCGGGUGUCAACGCGAACCAUCCUAACGGAUUGUUCCCUGGUUGGAUGCUGUAG